UACGCACUAGGGAAGAGCCAGAGGGCUAUUUGAAAGCCCGGCGCGCACCCUGAGACCCGCAGUUCCGUCAGUCAGCGGGGAUGUCGGUGUUACGGCCGCUGGACAGGCUGCCUGGCCUGAACACGGCCACCAUCUUGCUGGUGGGCACGGAGGAUGCUCUUCUGCAGCAACUGGCCGAUUCGAUGCUCAAGGAGGACUGCACCUCAGAGCUGAAGGUCCACUUAGCAAGGUCCCUCCCUCUGCCCUGCAGCGUGAAUCGGCCCCGGAUUGACUUGAUUGUGUUCGUGGUCAACCUGCACAGCAAACACAGCCUGCAGAGCGUGGAGGAGUCCCUGUGCCACCUGGACGCGGCCUUCUUCCUGGGGAAGGUGGCCUUCCUCGCCACAGGGGCUGGGCGGGACAGCCACUGCAGCAUCCACCGGAACACCGUGGUGAAGCUGGCCCACACCUACCGGAGCCCCCUGCUCUUCUGUGACCUAGAGAUAGAAGACUUCCGCGCCGCCAUGGCACAGCGCCUGGUCCGCCUGCUGCAAAUCUGCGCAGGCCACGUGCCCGGCGUCUCGGCCCUGAACCUGCUGUCCCUGCUGAGGGGCUCUGAGAACCCCUCCCUGGAGGACCUGUGAGGCCCCCGGCCGACAGUCACUGUUGCUGGAGACGGUGCCAAGGCUCGGCAGGCCUGGAUCAGCGGGCAGUUCCCUCAGGGCCCAAAGUUCUCGUGUUCCAACAGGAAAUGGCGGGGGGGUCGGUGGGGGCAGUUCAGCUGGUUGGACUCCAGCCCCCCACCCCUCUCAUGCCCACCCCAGCAGAGCCCCAAGUCUUCAUCCAUCUGACGUCUUUCCUCUUGAGACUUUGUUUGAACAAAGGGUCCGUGGCUAAAAGUUUGAACAUCACUGAACUCAUCCACCACUUUGAUUUUGUAGAUGAGGAAACUGACUCCAAACAGUUAAGAGUCAAAGUGGGUAAGGACUUCGCUGGUGGUCCCGUGACUGAGACUCUGCGCUCCCAAUGCCGAGGGCCUGGAUUCGACCCCUGGUCAGGGAACUAGAUCCCACAUGUUGCAACUAAAGAUCCUUCGUGCCUCAGCUAAGACCCGGUGCAGCCAAAUAAAUAUUUUAAAAAGAGUUGGGCAGCGGGAGCUUGAACUCUAUGAGCCCAGUCCAACUCCACAUCCCAGCCUUGCCAUUCUUACGGGACCUGCGGAGCCUCCAUUUCUCCAGGUGUUAGAUGGCGAUUGUUCAGCUUACCUUGCUGGCGUUGUAAGGGUGAGUGACAUGGUGGUAAAGGUGAAGCGCCUGAGGUGUAUUGCAUUACUCCUGCGCUUGUUUGGGUGCUCCAUGUAUUUCAUAAUAAAUGUGUGAAUGCUUGCACAGUGCCA